CAGGCAGAGCCAGGAGGGGCAGCGGGGCUGGGCCUGGGUGGCCCCACCGGCCCCGCCCCGUCUAUCUUUGGGAAUUUAUUUGUCCAUGGGCGAGGCAGGCCUGCAGUCUCCUGCCUUCCAGGGGCCAAGAGCUGCUCCGACCGCCCCAGGCUUCUGCCUCCAACCCACACGCCUCCAGCGGACCCCUGGCUCCGGCCCUGUCCCCACCUGCACGGCCCCCACUCUUCCUCAGGGGCGGCGCAGCCCCCAGAAGCCCUGCCAUCCACGUGGGUGUCGGCACCGGCUCACCGUGAGAGCAGAGGCCGGGCAGGGGUGGGCUCUGAGCCCCCUCCAGUCUGCCAUGGCGCGGCGGUUCCGGGCCGAGCUGGCCGCCUUCUUCUUCGAGUACGACACCCCCCGCAUGGUGCUGGUGCGCAACAAGAAGGUGGGCGUCGUCUUCCGGCUGAUCCAGCUGCUGGUCCUGGUCUAUGUCGUGGGGUGGGUGUUUGUCUACGAGAAGGGCUACCAGACGUCCAGCGGCCUCAUCAGCAGUGUGUCUGUGAAACUCAAGGGCCUGGCCGUGACCCAGCUCCCCGGCCUCGGCCCCCAGGUCUGGGAUGUGGCUGACUACGUCUUCCCAGCACAGGGAGACAGCUCCUUCGUGGUCAUGACCAAUUUCAUCGUGACCCCAAAGCAGGCCCAAGGCUACUGUGCAGAGCACCCAGAAGGUGGCAUAUGCAAGGAAGACAGUGGCUGCACCCCUGGAAAAGCCAAGAGGAAGGCCCAAGGCAUCCGCACGGGCAAGUGUGUGGCCUUCAACGCCACUGUGAAGACGUGCGAGAUCUUUGGCUGGUGCCCCGUGGAGGUGGAUGAUGACAUCCCUCGCCCUGCCCUUCUCCAUGAGGCCGAGAACUUCACUCUCUUCAUCAAGAACAGCAUCAGCUUCCCACGCUUCAAGGUCAACAGGCGCAACUUGGUGGAAGAGGUGAAUGCCGCCUACAUGAAGACCUGCCUCUACCACAAGACCCUGCACCCGCUGUGCCCCGUUUUCCAGCUUGGCUAUGUGGUGCAAGAGUCAGGCCAGAACUUCAGCACACUGGCUGAGAAGGGCGGCGUGGUUGGUAUCACCAUCGACUGGCACUGUGACCUCGACUGGCACGUGCGACACUGCAAACCCAUCUACGAGUUCCAUGGGCUAUACGAGGAGAAAAACCUCUCCCCAGGCUUCAACUUCAGGUUUGCCAGGCACUUUGUGGAGAACGGGACCAACCACCGUCACCUCUUCAAGGUGUUUGGGAUUCGCUUUGACAUCCUGGUGGACGGCAAGGCCGGGAAGUUUGACAUUAUCCCCACGAUGACCACCAUCGGCUCUGGGAUUGGCAUCUUUGGGGUGGCCACCGUCCUCUGUGACCUGCUGCUGCUUCACAUCCUGCCCAAGAGACACUACUACAAGCAGAAGAAGUUCAAGUACGCCGAGGACAUGCGGCCAGCGGAGGGUGAGCGUGACCCCGCCGCCACCAGCUCCACCCUGGGCCUGCAGGAAAACAUGCGGGUAUCCUGAUGCCACCCCGACUCCCGAGGCAGAGGGUCUCCGCAGGAAGUCUCCUACCCUCUCGGCCAGGCACAUACCAGUUUGCCAGAAGCUCAGGGUGCAAACUAGGAGAGAUGUGUGCCAAUCUGAGCUCUGGCUCCAACUCCACACCCCCCAAGGGAGCCUGCCCAGGUCUCAGCCACUCCUGGGGGGGAAGGGCUGGGCUGGGCAGGCUCCCACACACCUGUACGCUAGCUUCGCGUUUCUCUCUCUGGACCCUCACGAUCCAUCCCUCUGCCUCCGUUCCUCCAGCUCUGGGCUCUCCAAUGUGGCAGUGGAUAACCAUAGGCGACUAAAUUAAACUAAAAUAAAAUCAAUGAAACACAG